AGCCCUCUGAUGGGGUGCCCGUGAGGUCCACACCCCGGGGAGCAAGUGGCACCGUGCAAGGGGCUGCCCUGUGAGCGGGGACUCCUGCGGCUCUGCCUGACCCCUCGCCCCUGCUUAGGAACUUGAGGGCUCUCGGAGCGCCGGGCAGGCGCUGUCCCCCAGCACCAUGAGGACCCUGAACACCUCCGCCAUGGACAGGCCCGGGCUGGCGGUGGAGAGGGACUUCUCCGUCCGCAUCCUCACAGCCUGUUUCCUGUGCCUGCUCAUCCUGUCCACGCUCCUGGGGAACACUCUGGUCUGCGCCGCCGUCAUCAGGUUCCGGCACCUGCGGUCCAAGGUGACCAACUUCUUCGUCAUCUCCUUGGCCGUGUCUGACCUCCUGGUGGCUGUCUUGGUCAUGCCCUGGAAGGCGGUGGCCGAGAUCGCCGGCUUCUGGCCCUUUGGGUCCUUCUGUAACAUCUGGGUGGCCUUUGACAUCAUGUGCUCCACGGCGUCCAUCCUCAACCUCUGCGUGAUCAGCGUGGACAGGUACUGGGCCAUCUCCAGCCCCUUCCGGUACGAGAGGAAGAUGACACCCAAGGCAGCCUUCGUUCUGAUCAGCGUGGCGUGGACCUUGUCCGUGCUCAUUUCCUUCAUUCCCGUGCAGCUCAGCUGGCACAAGGCAAAACCCGCGAGCCCCUCCGACGGGAACGCCACUUCCCCGGGCGAGCCCGCGGACAACUGUGACUCCAGCCUGAGCAGGACGUAUGCCAUCUCAUCCUCUCUCAUCAGCUUUUACAUCCCCGUGGCCAUCAUGAUCGUCACCUACACCAGGAUCUACAGGAUCGCCCAGAAACAGAUACGGCGCAUCUCGGCCCUGGAGAGGGCGGCCGUCCACGCCAAGAACUGCCAGACCACGACGGGGAACGGAAACCCCGCGGAGUGCGCGCAGCCGGAGAGCUCCUUUAAGAUGUCCUUCAAAAGGGAGACCAAGGUCCUGAAGACGCUGUCGGUGAUCAUGGGCGUGUUUGUGUGCUGCUGGCUUCCCUUCUUCAUCCUGAACUGCAUGGUGCCCUUCUGCGGGUCGGGGGAGACCCAGCCCUUCUGCAUUGAUUCCAUCACCUUCGACGUGUUUGUGUGGUUUGGGUGGGCUAAUUCCUCCUUGAACCCCAUCAUUUAUGCCUUCAAUGCUGAUUUCCGGAAGGCAUUUUCAACCCUCUUGGGAUGCUACAGGCUCUGCCCGACGACCGGUAACGCCAUAGAGACGGUCAGCAUCAACAACAACGGGGCCGUGGUCUUCUCCAGCCACCACGAGCCACGAGGCUCCAUCUCCAAGGACUGCAACCUGGUGUACCUGAUCCCGCAUGCCGUGGGCUCCUCCGAGGACCCGAAGAGGCAGGAGGCAGGGGGAGUAGCCAGACCCUCGGAGAAGCUGUCCCCGGCCCUCUCUGUCAUUUUGGACUACGACACCGAUGUCUCUCUAGGAAAGAUCCAGCCCAUUACACAGAAUGGACAGCACCCCACCUGAACUCCGCGGUGAAUCCUGCCAGCCGCGCUCAUCCCCACAGCGGGAGGAGGUCUCCCCGGGGCUUGCUGUUAAGAAACUAAGGUGCGGUGAGACUCGGAGGUGUCAGGCGGG